AUGACGAAUUUCUCACACGGCUUCGCUUCGGCCGGGGCCGCAAUUACUUGUUUUCAGGGGAGCAUGAAUCUCCAAGGUCGUACGAGCAUGUUCGCCAACGUUUUGGACUACGAGAAGCAACAGCUACAGCUCCAGCAGCCGGGCGACGGAGGAGGGCUCGAGGUGGCGAAAUUGGCCUUCGGCGGACGCAGCAUGGGAGCCCGCGCCGCAGUGAUGGCAUCCCAUGCUGAUGAUUCCAUCCAUCUGCUGGUGCUGGUGUCCUAUCCUCUCGUCGCACCAAGCGGCGACGUCAGAGACCAAAUCUUGCUCGACGUCCGCCCGGAAACAAACGUGUUGUUCAUCUCUGGCGAUGGCGACUCCAUGUGCGACCUUGCGCGGCUGGCCAAGGUACGGGCAAAGAUGAAGGCCAAAACGUGGUUGGUGGUCGUCCAAGGCGCGGAUCACGGCAUGAGCCUCAAGGGUGGCGCGAAGAUGAAGAAGGCCACCGAGGAAAUCGGGAAGGAGACCGGCAGGAUCGCAGCCAGAUGGAUUCAACAGCGAGACGAGAAGACGACAGAAAUGGUGAUCAGAUGGGACGGAGAUCAUGGGCGAGUCCUGGGCCAGUGGAACGACGAUCAGGCUGUACGAGAGGGCAAAGCUACAACUGAGCCUGGUGGGAUCGCAAAGUAUUUCGCGAAGGCAGCAGACAAGGACGAGGCGGAGAGGGCGGGUCAGCCGGCGAGGAGGAAGAGGAAGUGA